AUGGUAUCCAAGCAGUAUGAAGAGGCGUUACAGAAGGCAAAUCUUAGUGACAUGGCAGAAAGAUAUGACGACAUGGCAAAGGAGAUGAAGCAAGCUGUGGUGCUCGCACAUGAGGACAAGCAUGUUCUCAAUGUGAUGGCAAGAAACCUCUUUUCCGUUGCAUACAAGAACCUUGUGAGUUCAAGAAGAUCGAGCUGGAGAAUGCUAUGCUCUGAAAGACAGAAACUUGAAGGGAAGGACCAGAAUGUGGUCUAUGUCAUCGAUGAAAAGAUAAAGGUUGUUGAAGAGGAGCUUCUGAAGUUCUGCGAUGAGGUCCUGGACAUCAUCACAACAUACAUACUGAGCCUGGAGGAGGCAAGAAAGAAUGUUGAGUAUUUUAUUUUCUUUCUGAAGAUGAAGGGAGACUACUACAGAUACAAGGCCGAAGUCAUCACAGGGGCAGAGCACAAGGAGGUGUCGAAGCAUGCGGCAGAGUCCUACAAGGAGGCCACAGAGAAGGCAAGGACCCUUACACCCACAAAUCCCAUAAAGCUGGGCCUUGCAUUGAAUUAUUCUGUGUUUCACUACGAGAUCCUCAAUGACUCUGAAAAAGCCUGUUCUAUAGCCAAGAAUGCCUUUGAUGAAGCCAUCAAGGAGCUGGACACUCUUUCUGAGGAAAGCUACAGAGACUCAACUCUAAUCAUGCAACUUCUUAGGGACAACCUUACCCUCUGGGCUUCCAGGGAGGAGGGGAAUGUAAUGGGGGACGAAGGAAAAGGGGAUCAUCCCGACGAAAAUUAA